AGUUCCGGAAGCGGCCCGGGGAAGCUGCUCCGCGAGCGCUGCUGGAGGAAACGCUGCCGGGUCCGCUCUGCUCUGGGUCCGGCUGGGCCAUGGAGUCCAUGUCUGAGCUCGCGCCCCGCUGCCUCCUGCUCCCCUUGCUGCUACUGUCCUUGCUGCUCCUGCCUGCCCCGAAGCUGGGCCCGAGCCGCGCCCGGGCGGAGGAGACCGACUGGGUACGAUUGCCCAGCAAAUGCGAAGUGUGCAAGUAUGUUGCAGUGGAGCUGAAGUCAGCUUUUGAAGAAACUGGGAAGACCAAGGAAGUGAUUGACACAGGCUACGGCAUUCUGGACCGGAAGGCCUCGGGAGUCAAGUACACCAAGUCCAUUUCAGAGCCCCCAGGCCAGAUGAUCUGUCUUCCUUCCAGCUCUGCCUUCCCGUUGGUGAGAUGUGCAGGCAACUUAGCUCCUCUCUGCUGCUGUCUCGGCAGGGACUUACGGUUAAUUGAAGUCACUGAGACCAUUUGCAAGAGGCUUCUGGACUACAGCCUGCACAAGGAGAGGACUGGCAGCAACCGGUUUGCCAAGGGCAUGUCGGAAACCUUUGAGACGCUGCACAACCUGGUCCACAAAGGUGUCAAGGUGGUGAUGGACAUCCCCUAUGAACUGUGGAACGAGACUUCUGCUGAGGUGGCUGACCUCAAGAAGCAGUGCGACGUGCUGGUGGAAGAGUUUGAAGAGGUGAUUGAGGACUGGUACAGAAACCACCAGGAGGAAGACCUGACUGAGUUCCUCUGUGCCAACCACGUGCUGAAGGGCAAGGACACCAGUUGCCUGGCAGAGCGAUGGUCUGGCAAGAAGGGGGACAUAGCCUCCUUGGGAGGGAAGAAAUCGAAGAAGAAGCGCGGUAGGGUCAAGGGCUCCGGUGACAGCAGCAAGCAGAGGAAGGAAUUGAGGAGCCUGGAGGGGGAUGCCAGCCCCGAGGAGGAGGAAGGUGUGCAGAAGGCGUCCCCACUCCCACAUAGCCCCCCUGAUGAGCUGUGAGCCCAACUUCAUGUCCUUGAAUCAAGACCCCUGACUUCAAAGCUGAAGAGUAUGGGACACAGUUCCAGCAAGGAGGCUACUGUCCAGCUUCAGGUCUCUGACCUUGACUGUGCCUCUUCCUGCCCUGAGCAACAGCAAGAAGUGGACUGAGACCCCACCCCCAAAGGGAAGAGGGGGAGGUAUGCAGAAGGCAGCUCUCUCUCUACACAGCCCUCCUCAUGAGCUCUGGGUCCAACCCAGCAUCCCCAAACUGAGCCCCCUGACCGUGAGGCUGAAGAACACAAGGCACAUACCAUGACUCCUCCAGCGUCAGGUCUCCGACUCACCUGCACCCUCUUCACCAGGAUGAGCACGGCCCCAGGAAGGACUUAGCGCAGUGUGGCAGCCAGCCCUGCCUCUUCAUCCACCAACCAUUCUCUUCUGUGGGUCCUUCGUCAGGACAUGACUUUCAGAACUUUCAGGAUGAGCUCAGCGGUGUGGCACAAGGGGCUGGGCGCCAGAGCUCCAGCUCCUGCAGAGCAGGUGGAGAGGGCACCCCCUUGACCCCCAGAGAAGCAAGACUGCAGCUGCAGCGGCUCCCUCACUCCCGAGGACUCUGGUCCCUGGGUCCUCUUCAGCCUUCAGUGUUCCCUUGUUGCUCUUUUCUGCCUGUGCCCCCAGUCCUGGGGCAGGGAAAGUGGCACUGCUGCCACCCUUAUUGGAUGCCAGUUACUAGGAGGAGCGGGUGCUGAAAAUGCCCAGGGUUGGUUUGGGUUAGAGCAGUGGUUCUCAACCUUCCUGACGCUGCGACCCUUUAAUACAGUUCCUCACGUUCUGGUGA